AUGGCGAAUGCGGGCCCACAGGGCAGCGCAGCGGACAGCGGAGCGGUGACCACACCACCCGCCGCUCCCACGGCGGUCCACCCAGCAAGGACAACAACAACAACAGCACCCACCACGCCCAGUGAUAAAGCCCAAGCCAACGUUGAUUAUGUCGACAUCGAGAAGGUUCCUACCACUGGAAAGGAAGCCAGCGUCGCCGAUGAGACCGAGAGCGACACGGACGUCGACGACGACCAUGGCGGUAUCCGCCUGCGCGACCUGUCUGGUCACGAAAACGUCCAGUUCCCUGGCCUCAAGCGCGAACAUUGGUGGGAACUCUGGCGUCCCCGCCAUGCCCCGCCACCACCACGCAAGACGCUCGAUGAGGCACCCGUGAUGCCGCUUGCCACGGCCAAUGUCGUCUCAAAGCUGACCUUUCACUGGGUCUCCCCGCUCAUGCGCCUGGGAUACCAGCGUCCUCUGCAGGCGACAGACUUGUGGAAGGUCGACCCUACAAGAGAAGCCGACACCAUCUCGCGCCAGUUCAUUGCCAACUUUGAGAAGCGAUGUGACAAGGCCGCCGAGUGGAACGCGGUUCUCCCUACAGCCAAGCCGCCCCUCCGGCGCCGUGUUGGCUGGGCUGUCACUGCGGCCACCCACAACAAGCUCCCGGAGGACUUCUCCCCGUACGGCAAGGACGCGUCGUAUGGCGAGCGCAAGGCGACGCUCGAGGCCGAGUGGCGUGCCCGUAGCGGCCAGCAGCGCGGCAGCAUUACUUGGGCACUCAACGAUACCUUCCCGAACUUCUGGUAUGGCGGUCUGUUCAAGGUCCUUGGCGACGAGGCGCAGCUCAUGACGCCUCUCCUCGUCAAGGAGAUCAUCAAGUUCAGCCAACAGAUGUAUGCGGCCAAGCACGGCGACGGCGACAAGCCCAACGCCGGCCGCGGUGUGGGCCUCGCUAUCGGUCUGUUCGCUCUCACCAUCAUGCAGUCCGUCUGCCAGCACCAGUUCUUCUUCCGCUCCAUGAUGACUGGUGCUCUGUCUAGGGCCGCCUUGAUUUCCGCCACCUACAAGCGCUCCCUCAACUUGACUGUUGGUGCGCGCUCCCAGCACCCCAAUGGCAAGCUCAUGGCAUACCUGUCCAGUGAUAUCUCCCGCAUUGAUUACUGUGCCCAGUGGUUCCACGCCAUCUGGACUGCACCGAUUCAGCUCAUUGUCACCCUCAUCCUUCUCAUCCUUCAGAUUGGCCCCUCGGCUCUCGUUGGUUUUGCGCUCUUCAUCAUUUUGGCCCCUCUGCAAACCCAGUUCAUGAAGCAGAGCUUUAUCAUUCGCAAAAAGUCCAUGAAAUGGACAGACGGUCGAUCAAAGCUCCUUCAAGAGCUGCUGUCUGCCAUGCAGAUCAUCAAGGCGUUCACCUACGAGAUUCCCUUUUUGAAGCGCCUGGCCUUUGUGCGCAAGAACGAAAUGAACGCCGUUCGCAAGAUUCUGUUCAUCCGUGCGGCCAACCAGGCCCUGGCGUUCAGUAUCCCUGCUCUCGCAUCGGUGCUGUCGUUUGUCGUCUACACUGCAACCCAUGACAACCUGGACCCCGCCAUCCUCUUCACCUCGCUCUCCUACUUCAACCUCCUCCGCCAGCCGCUCAUGUUCCUUCCUCGCGCCUUGUCUUCGUUGACAGAUGCCCAGACUGCCGUUGAGCGUCUUCACGAGUUUUUCGAGGCGCCGCUUGCCGAGGACAUGAACCUCGUCGACCCCAACCUCGACGUUGCCCUCCGUGCCAAGGACGCCUCGUUCCAAUGGGCCACCGUCCAGUCCCCCGACCAGCUCUCUACCGAGAAGGGUCUGAAGGACGCCAGGGGCAAGAAGGGCAAGAAGGAGAAAAAGAGCAAAAAAGACGAGUCCAAGACUCUGCCUGUGGAGGACGGUGGCUCGCCAUCGUCUGAAGAACCGUUCGCGAUUGAGCACCUCAACAUGGAGGUUCCCCGCGGCCAGCUUGUUGCUAUUGUUGGACCAGUUGGAAGCGGCAAAAGCAGUAUCCUGCAAGGCCUCCUCGGCGAGAUGCGCCACAAGGGUGGCUCGGCCAUCUUUGGCGGUCGUCUCGGCUACUGCCAGCAGACGGCGUGGAUCCAGAACGCGACACUCCGUGACAACAUUGUCUUUGGCCAAAAGUGGGACGAGUCAAGAUACUGGCAGUGUGUGAUGGACGCCAGCCUGGUCACAGACCUCGAGAUCCUGCCCGAUGGCGACCUCACCGAGAUUGGGGAGAAGGGUGUGAACCUGUCCGGCGGCCAGAAGCAGCGUGUCAACAUUGCCCGCGCGCUCUACUUUGACGCCGAUAUCAUCCUCUUCGACGACCCGCUCAGUGCCGUAGACGCGCAUGUCGGCAAGGCGCUGUUCAACGACGCCAUCCUCGGUCUGCGCCGCAAGGGCAAGACGGUCAUCCUCGUCACUCACGCGCUCCACUUCCUCCCGCAAGUCGACUACAUCUACACCAUUCAGAACGGGCACGUUGUCGAGGAGGGCUCUUACGAUACCCUCAUGACUUCUGGCGCCGCUUUCCAGAAGCUGAUGGACGAGUUCGGCGGUCAGCACGCCAUGAAGGAGGAGCAGGAGAUCGAGGAGGAAGAGGACGCUAUAGAGGACACCGAGGGCCCCAACGCGCUCAAGAGGCAGCAAACCAACGAGGCCAAGAUUGAGAAGCUCACUCGGGCUCAAAUGGGCAAGGCCGCUGGUACGGGGAAAUUGGAGGGCCGCCUGAUGAUCUCGGAGGUGCGCAAGACCGGCUCUGUCGGCCCCAAGGUCUACGGUACAUACCUCAAGGCCGGACAGUGGUGGUGGACUCUCCCGACAAGUCUGGCUUUUGGCGUGCUAAUGCAGGGCGCAAGCGUCAUGUCAACUGUAUGGCUUACCUACUGGGAAGAGGACAAGUUCCACAAGAGCAUGAGCUUCUACCAAGGCAUUUAUGCCAUGCUUGGUAUCACACAGUCGCUGUUCAUCUUCGCAAUGGGGACCACGAUGGCCUUCAUGUCGUACUACGCAUCCAACAACCUCUACCGCAACGCUCUUCGUCGCGUCUUCUUCAGCCCCAUGUCCUUCUUCGAUACCCAGCCUCUGGGUCGCAUCAUGGGUAUUUUUGGAAAGGACAUUGACACUGUGGACAAUCAGCUUGCAGAUGCCCUGCGCAUGCAGGCCAUUACGCUGGUCACCCUCUUUGGCUCGGUGACCAUCAUCACCGUCUACUUCCACUACUUCAUCGCCAUCAUCUUCGUCGUCGGUGCCGGGUACUGGUACUUUGCGCUGUUCUACCGCACCUCGGCACGCGAGGUCAAGCGUCUCGACUCGAUGCUCCGUUCGCUUCUGUACGCCCACUUCUCCGAAUCGCUCUCCGGUCUGGCCACCAUUCGCGCCUACGGUGAGACGGAUCGUUUCAUCCGCGACAAUGCCUACUACAUGGAUCUCGAGGACAGGGCAUACCUCCUCACCUCGUCCAACCAACGUUGGCUCGCCGUUCGCCUCGACUUCCUCGGUGCCUGUCUCGUCUUUGCUGUUGCCAUCAUGUCGACGCAGGGUGGCGGUGGUCUCAGCCCCGCCCAGAUCGCCCUGUGUCUGACGUACAUGACUCAGAUGACCCAGCUAUUCGGCAUGGUGACUCGCCAGUCCGCUGAAGUCGAGAACACCAUGAAUGCCGUCGAGCGCAUGAAGUACUACUCGGAUGGCAGCCUGCCCCAAGAGGCUGCCUACGAGAUUCCCGACAGCAAGCCUCAAGCAACCUGGCCGUCGCAGGGCAACAUUACAUUUGAGAAGGUCGUCAUGGGCUACCGCCCUGGACUUCCUCCCGUCCUCAAGGGCAUCUCUGCCGAGUUCAUGCACGGCGAGAAGAUUGGUAUCGUGGGCCGCACCGGUGCUGGCAAGACAUCUAUCACUGUGGCACUCUUCCGCCUCGCCGAGCUUACCUCCGGCAAGAUCACGAUUGACGGUGUCGACAUUUCUACUUUGGGUCUCAAGGACCUCCGCUCGAGCAUCUCCAUCAUCCCCCAGGACCCGACCCUGUUCAGCGGCACGCUCCGGUCCAACCUUGACCCCUUCGACCUGCAUGAUGACGCGCAACUUUACUCGGCCAUGCAGCGCGCCUGUCUACUCGACCACGAGGACAAUGAAGGCCGCAAGCGCUUCACGUUGGACAUGACGAUCGACGAUGAGGGCUCCAACCUGUCGAUCGGCGAGCGCUCCCUCGUCUCGCUCGCCCGUGCGUUGGCCAAGGACGCCCAGAUCGUCGUUCUCGACGAGGCCACUGCCGCCGUCGACCUCGAGACGGACGCCCAGAUCCAGCGCAGUAUCCGCCGCGAGUUCAACGGCAAGACGCUGCUGUGCAUCGCGCAUCGUCUGCGCACCAUCAUUUCAUGGGACAGGAUCCUCGUCAUGGACGCGGGCGAAAUCAAUGCCUUUGCGUCCCCGCUCGACCUCUACGACCAGGGCGGCGUCUUCUACACCAUGUGCGAGCGGUCGAGUAUCUCGCGCGAGGAGAUUAUUCGUGCCAGGCAGGAGGAGAGGGAGGAUUUCAGUGCCGGUCUAUAA